AUGACCGACAGCAGCACAGUCCACAGCAGCAGCAAAUUAAGCAUUUCCAGUAUGCAGCAAAAACUUCAAGUUGUGGAACAAUAUCCACGAGGGUUGGAAAAUGUUGGGAAUACCUGUUACGCCAAUGCUGCCUUGCAAUGUUUGUUGAGUACCGCCUUGACGAAUGCCUUGUUGGAUCCAAAGGUCGUACGGAUAUUCCGUCGCUAUAGCUCCAAUCCAAAUCUGCUGGCCAAGGGAAGUGGGAGUGUGGACUCGAAGGAACAAGAGAUUGAUGAAGAAGAAGAUGAAAUUACAACGGUCGAUCAAGAGAAACUCGAUGAUUUUUUUCUGGACGAAAUUGUAAAGAGCAUACAAAAAGAAGAGAUCAAACCGGUAUCCGAAAAGGAUAUACAAGCGGAAAAGGAACGAGAGAAGAAACAAAUGCAAGAGAACUGCGAUUGGUUAACCAGUGAAUUGACACAUCUUGCACAAGAAUACACGAUACCAGAUGAUUCGGAAAUGAGUGUUAGUACGAAACAUUCAUCCAUGUUCUCUUCUUGGUUUGGACCAGCAGAAUCCAUCCAUGGUACCAUUAACCCUGGAAGGAUCACGAGGUAUCCAAACCGAUUAUCCAAAUGUCUCUUGCCCUAUCAGCAAGAAGAUGCACAUGAAUUCUUGCGAUCGCUAUUGAGUACCUUGGCGAUGAAUGGACAAAACAGACAGCUAUCUAGUCUCUUUGAUGGAUUGUUGGAAAGUGCAGUCAUUUGUCAAAGGUGCGGCAAUCAGAGUCUAACGAGAGAUAGGUAUAUGGAUCUCAGUCUAGACAUUAAUGAUCCAGAUACUUCCACGCUGGAAGACGCUCUCUAUCAGUUUACCAAAGCGGAAUCGCUCGAACAUGACAAUGCCGUCUUUUGUAUGAAAUGUAACGUCAAACGACCAGUUACCAAAUGUCUACGACUGGCAACGGCACCUUCCAUAUUGGUCUGCCAUCUCAAGCGGUUUGCCAUUAACCGCUUUGGUCAACCAUUGCGUCUCAACAAACGCAUAACCUUUCCCAAACGGCUGGAAAUCAGCGAUUACAUGUCCCAACUCAAUAAGGCAACCCCACCACCCUAUGAUUUAGUGGGAAUCUUGGUGCAUCAAGGGCAAACUUGCGAUUCCGGACACUACUUGUCCUAUGUCAAGAGGUUGGGACAAUGGUACAGGUGCAAUGAUAAUGUUGUCACACAAGUCGAUGAAGAAACUGCGCUGGAUCAACAAGCUUACAUUCUGGUCUAUGAAGUGGCGGAAAUGAAAGCUAAGGUGUGUGGUACACCCACUGUGAAAAAGAAGAAACGAAAGUCCAAGAGCCGACGUGACAGAAAUUCUUCAAGCAUGGGCAACAGCCAAGAUGGAGUGUGGAGUCUACUCUUUUCCAGUGACAAGCACUGGGAAGUAUUGACCGAAUUCUGUUGUGCCGCAGAAAGUGGAUUCAGCGAACCCAAGACGACUUAUGUUCGUCACCGAACCAAGCGACGGAACUCGGCUUCUUCGGCAGAUUCCACAAUUCUUCAAAAUGAUUUGCAAGUGAUUGAGAUUGAUCGUAAAAAAGGAGGACGGUCGUCCACAGCGCCAAGACAAAGGGAUGCCUUUGGUGGCCAAUCCUCAUCCUCCAGAAGCAAUGCCGUGUCACCGACCCGUUCCGAUACCUACACGCCUAGCAGCCGUGGGAGCAGCCGAAGCAAGAAAAAGAGCAGUCGACAACAACAGAGUAACUUGGUCGUCUCCAAAGAACUUCCACCAUUACCAAAUCGCGGAAGACGGAGACGGGCCAAGUCGAAUGGUGCCAUUCGGUUCAAGGGAGGUUAUAAUGUAUAA